AUGGCCCCCAUCCCAGUCUAUACGGACAGCCCUAUUGUUGCCGCGAAGGCUUCGGGAGUGACGCCACAGACUGCUCCACCAUCGUCCACUUCAAAGCCAACCCCAACUAGCUCAUUGCCUACUUCGUCCAGCCAGGCCUAUCCGUCUGCCCAACCUGGUGCUGUGCCCUCACUUCCGACCACGACGGCAGACGCCUCUCAAGCACGUUUUUUAUCUCAGCCAAUUCAAACAGCUAAUCAUGACGGACCCCCAGCACCGCAACCUGGGGCCGUCCCUGUCCCAACCGGUGUCACUAAAACGAAUAUACCACCACCACCUAAAGUGGGUGAGAAGCUUGUGAGCAUACCGUAUCCUCAGCAGAUGGCAAUCCCGCCACCUACUGCAUCAUAUCAGUCUCAGCAGCGGGGUACAUCUACAGCCCCGGCGCCUACUUCAGAAUAUAGCAACCAGGGCUCCACAACUUUAAGUGGUCCACAAGUUUAUCAUAGCUUAGAACACCCUCCGGGAUAUCAUCAGAAUUCCAACGCUUCUGAGCUCGGUAAUUAUCAGAGAUCGGCUAUUCAGCGAAGUGAGAUAGAAGAUCAGGCAGGGAGUUCAGAGAGUGGAGUUUGGGAAGCUGCAAAGAAAUGGGCUCAUCAGACAGGAGAGAAGAUCGCAGCAGCAGAAACUGAAGUUUGGAAGAAGAUCAACAAGGAAUAA